CCAAAAAUAAUGACGACUGCGGCGGUGGCGCGACGUUGACCAAAGAGAAGUCUUCCUCCCUCGUUGUUCUCCUACUUCUUCCUCCUCCUCGGCCUCCACUUCUUCCUUAUCAGCUCAAUUGCAGCAAUUCCCUCUCGUUACCAUCGCCUCGCAGUUUGGAGCGCCAAUUUCUUGGCGGAAUCGGGAGAUCAGGAUUGGUGUUUUGCUUUUUGAUCCUUUCGGGGCUUGCUGUAGAGGGAGCGAGCGGGGAAGGCUGAGGUCAGACGAGUAGAUGGGGAGGAAGAGAUGGAAGGGGUUUCAAGCGGAGGCUGCCGUGGAGCUGCUGAACAAGGUGAUGCAGGACAAGCCCCUGUUGCCUUUCUUGAUCCCGCUUUUUCUCUUCGCCUGGGCCGUCGAGAGGUGGUUGGUUCCCUUCUCCAACUGGGUGCCGCUUGCUGCCGCCGUCUGGGCCACUAUCCAGUAUGGAAAGUUCCAACGCAGGCAGCUCGCAGAAGACAUGAAUAAAAGAUGGAAGCAGCUCAUCUUAAAUACAUCACCUAACACGCCAUUAGAGCCUUGUGAGUGGUUGAACAAGCUUUUAGUAGAAGUUUGGCCUAACUAUAUGGAACCAAGACUUUCAAAAAGGUUUUUCUCAAUGGUAGAGAGGAGACUAAAGGACCGGAAACCAAAGUUGAUUGAAAAGAUAGAACUUCAAGAGUUCUCACUAGGUUCCUGUCCACCUAAUUUGGGACGAAAUGGCAUGCAAUGGAUUUCUUCAGGUGAUCAGCAAGUCAUGCGAUUGGAAUUUGAUUGGGAUUCUGUUGACAUGAGCAUAUUGUUGCAUGCUAAGUUGGCAAAGCCAUUAAUUGGAACAGCUCGUAUUAUCAUCAACAGCAUUAACAUCAAGGGAGAUUUACUCUUAAGACCAAUUCUUGAUGGUCAAGCUGUCCUCUAUUCAUUUGAAUCAACUCCUGAUGUCAGAAUAGGUGUUGCAUUUGGAAGCGGUGCUAGCCAGACACUUCCUGCUACAGAGCUACCUGGUGUUUCCAGUUGGUUGGUAAAGCUUUUCACGGAAACAAUAACUAAAUUGUUAGUUGAGCCUCGCCGCCAUUGCUAUUCUUUGCCAAUCGUGGAGCUACAUAAGAAAGCUGUUGGAGGUGUCCUGUCUGUUACCGUAGUCUCAGCCAGUAAUUUAGGCAGGAAUAACAUAAUGGUCAACAAUUCAGAAACUCACCGAAACUUUAGUGGAAGCAGUCAAUUGUCAGGAAAUUUUGGGAACAAGACAUUGGUUGAAGUGGAAAUUGGUAAUUUAACAAGAAGAACAACCGUUAGUAAUGGUUUGAACCCGAGAUGGAAUACUACCUUCAAUAUGAUGCUACAUGGAGAAAGUGGAAUUCUCAAAUUUCACCUUUACGAAUGGAAUCAAAGCGGUGUGAGUUUGAACUACUUGACCAGCUGUGAGAUAAAGAUGAAGUAUGUUGCAGAUGAUUCUACAAUGUUCUGGGCGAUAGGACAGGGAUCUGGAGUGGUGGCAAAACAAGCUGAAAACUGUGGGACAGAAGUAGAGAUGACCAUUCCAUUUGAAGGAUUUAGCCAAGCAGAGUUGACAGUUAAGCUUGUUCUUAGAGAAUGGCAAUUUUCAGAUGGUUCUAUUAUCUUGAAUAAAUCUGCGAAUAGUACCCCUCAGCUAUCUGCUGAUAGUCCACACUACCUUCAGACAAGAACAGGAAGAAAGCUUAAAGUAACUAUACUCGAAGGAAGGAAUCUGACCACUAAAGAUAAAUCUGGGAAAUGUGAUCCCUAUGUUAAGCUUCAAUAUGGAAAGGCUUUUUAUCGAACAAAAACCAUUCCUAAUACUACAAAUCCAGUGUGGAACCACAACUUUGAAUUCGAUGAAAUAGUAGGAGGUGAUGAGUAUCUCAAGAUCAGAUGUUAUAGUGCAGAGAUCUUUGGAGAUGAGAACAUAGGAAGCGCACGAGUGAACUUGGAAGGAAUUUCAGAUGGUUCGAGCAGGAAUGUCUGGAUUCCUCUAGAGAAAGUUAAUUCUGGUGAAGUGAAGCUCCUAAUAGAAGCACUGAAAAAUGAUGAGAAUGAAAGUUCAAAGAAUCCUGGAAUGAAACAGGGGUCUGGCUGGAUUGAACUAGUACUCAUUGAAGCUAAGGAUCUAAUUGCUGCCGAUAUAAGGGGAACAAGUGAUCCCUAUGUGAGGGUACAUUAUGGGAAUUUGAAGAAACGAACUAAGGUUAUCUACAAAACAUUAACUCCACAGUGGAACCAAACAUUGGAGUUUCCUGACACUGGCAGUCCCUUAACUUUGCAUGUUAAGGACCAUAAUGCUUUGCUGCCGACAUAUAGUAUAGGGCAUUGUAAAGUUGAAUAUGAAGGCUUGCCACCAAAUGAAACAGUCGACAAGUGGAUUCCUCUUCAAGGAGUAAAGAAUGGGGAGAUCCACGUGAGAAUAACAAGAAAAAUACCAGAGCCACAGAAGAAAUCCAACUCGGAUUCUGUUAUUUCUCCAUUUGGCAAAGCACAUGAGAUAUCUACAAAGAUAAGAGACGUGGUGAAGAAAUUACAAGGACUAGUUGAGGACGGUGAUCUAGAAGCGUUGUCCCUUGCUUUCAGUGAAGUAGAAAGUGCAGAAGACGAACAGGAGGAAUACAUGAUUCAGCUCGAAAGAGAGAAGUUUAUGAUGAUCAACAAAAUCAACGAACUUGGUCACGAGAUCACAAGAACGGCCUCUAGCCCCCCCAACAUACAAUAUUGAGUGUAGGUUGUGCGAUAGCAUACAGAAAAAAAAUACAAGGCUAAUUGGAGACAUCCGAUUCAGUGGCUGAUUACUGAUUGUGCAAGUAUAUCUUUAUAUUGUAUAGCAACCGAUUGAACUUGUUGAUGUGAAUGAAUAUUGUACAGAAUCAUGAGAUAUGAGAGAUUCAAGAUUAUAUUGAACAGAGUUGCUUUAUGAAAGUGUUUAAUGUUCCUGUUGA